CAAAAUCAGUUGCGCGUCGCUAUCUAGCGAAAUCCUCUUCAAUUCAAAGUGUGCACAAAGUAUACUUAAACCUCCAAACUAAACUAAUCCUGCUACUACUUAUACAUCAGUUUAAAAAUUUGUGUGCGCAUGAGUGCUUGGUUUACGCCAAGAUAAACUAAAAAAAAAAAACAUCAUGCGGAGUGCAAUUUUUGUGGGCGUUUUAUUCGCCGCUUGUUUCUCGUGCGUCAUCGCACUGGAAGCAGCAUUCACUUUGGAAGAGUUCAUUUUGGGCAAUUUUGCGGAUACGAAAUGGAAUGGUAUUUGGUAUUCAGAUAAAGACAUUUUUUAUCCGGAUGACAAAGGUGGUUUUCAAUUAUUUGAUAUGACAACUGAAAAAUCAACAAGUCUUUUGUCAUCGACCGAUUUGGCUAAUUAUGCUCGUCCUUCAAUCACCUUCUCCAAGGGUAAAACCUAUGCGCUGGUGAAAUACGAGGCGACAGCGGUGUACCGCCAUUCUACACUUGCCAAAUAUGCUGUCAUCAAAAUGGCGGACAAAUCUGUCAUGGAGUUACACGAAGGACUCAAAGAUAAAUUGUUGCAAACGUGUCGCUUCUCUCCAUAUGAAGAUGAUGUCCUUAUCGCCGUGAAGGAUAACAACAUUUUCUACCAUAAAUUCCCUGCCAAUCCAGCUGAUAAACCAACAUUGGACCAAGUCACUACUCUGGGUGAAAAAGACGUGGUUUACAAUGGCGUACCCGACUGGAUUUACGAAGAAGAAGUAAUUGCUGGUGAUUCCGCCCUAUGGCCAUCCUCAACCAGCCCAAAGUUCAUCUACGCCGAAUUCAACGACCGCGAUGUCCCCAAAUUCCAAUACCCCAUCUAUGGUAAACCCGGAGACUACGCCAACCAGUACCCCGAAUGGAAAACCAUCCGCUAUCCCAAAGUAGGUCAAACCAACCCCGAGUUUACCCUGUACGUCUAUGACCCAAGCAACAAACCACCAAAGAAGUUGUCACUAAGCGAAGCAGCUGACUUCAACUCCAAGAACCACGUUUUAUACAACGUUGCAUGGAGAGACAACCAGAAAGUAAUCGUCACUUAUACAAACCGUGCCCAAACGGAUGCAUACAUCGUCGAAUGCAAUGUGGAUACACAAAAAUGUACACAGUUAGCAACAUCAACUACUUCCAGUACCGGAUGGUUGGAUAUCCAACCCGUACAUGUCCUAAACGAUGACGCAAGCAAAAGAUUCGUGGAUAUUGUUGUUAAGGACUCCUAUGAUGCUUUAAGAGUAACCGCAGGAAAAGAUGACAGCACCGAAGUCACAUUUGAACAGAUGACAGUGUCCAGAAUCAUCGGGGAUACAGACAAGAGUAAAAUCUACUUUGAAGGUACCAAAGCAACAACCCACUCCCAACAACAUGUCUACUCCGUUGACAUCGACAGUGCUGACCCCUACAAAUGUCUAACCUGUGAUGACCAGUUCCUCGUGAUGAAUGAACCAUGUAAAUAUGCCAGUGCUGUACUGAGUGUUGGUAAAACCUACAUGACACGCAUAUGUUCCGGACCUGGACCCACUUAUGUUGAUAUAAUUAACCUCAAAGAUCCUACAAAAAGCUAUGUUUGGUUGGAUAACAAAAAUGUUCGUGCAUUACUCUCCCAGAAAGCCCAACCAAUCAUCAAAGAUCAAACAUACAAUGUGGGAUCUGAUGGUCAGACAGCUUCAGUCCGAUUGUUACUCCCACCUGGAUUCAGUGAGUCCCAGAAAUACCCACUAUUGGUAAAUGUCUACGGUGGGCCCAAUUCCAAUCAAAUUUCGGAUGCUUACUCCAUCGGCCUGCAGCAUUAUCUGGUUACCAGCAGGAAUUAUAUCUAUGCGUAUAUUGAUGCUCGUGGAAGUGGUAAACGUGGCCGGAAGUUAAUGCAUGCUGUUUAUAAGAAUCUAGGAGGUUUUGAGAUUGAUGACCAGAUUUCUAUCACAAAAACGUUGCGUGAUGAAUUCCCGGUUAUCGAUGCGAAUAAAAUCGGAAUCUGGGGAUGGAGUUAUGGAGGAUAUGCCACUGCGCAUGUCAUCGCCCGUGAUAAGGAUACCUUCAAGUGUGGUGUCUCUGUUGCGCCAGUUACAGAUUUUAUUUAUUACGAUUCGAUUUAUACUGAGCGUUAUAUGGGUGUUUACGAUGAUAAGAAUGAUGAAGUGAAGACGCGUUAUGAGAAGACUGAUGUUACCAAACAAGCGGAGCAAUUCAGAGGGAAGAAUUACCUGUUGGUUCAUGGUAAUGCUGAUGAUAAUGUGCAUUAUCAGCAGGCGAUGCAGUUGGCUAGAGCGCUUGAACAAGCUGAUGUGCCAUUUGAACAAAUGAGUUACCCGGAUGAAGCCCAUAGUCUUAAGGGAGUCUCAAAACACUUGUAUCAUUUGUUGGAUAGCUACUGGUUGAAGCAGUUUGAUGUUGAAGCAGAGAAAGAAGAUAAAGACAAUUCUGCUACUGCUGCGCAAUUGAAUAUGCUUUGCCAAGGUGAAUACAAGAAGAUUUGCUGUGUGGUAUUUCGAACUUGUUAAUAAAAUUAUGUAAUAAGAAAUAAAA